AUAGUAUAUAGAUCUAUGACAAAAGACAAAAGUACAUUUCUAAGAAAACAAUAAUCUGUGUUGCUGUGAAAGUGAAAACAAUGAUUACUUAAAUUUACAGAAAUAUUAUUCUCUGAGGAAUAAAAUGGAUAUUUUACAUAGAGCUAAUUUUUCUUUAGGUCCUAUUAGUAUUGAUCUCAUUGAAAAUAACUUAUAUCUUGGUGGAUUAGUUGCAGCAAAAGAUAUUAAUACAUUAAAUAAGUAUAGAAUAACCCAUAUAAUAACUAUUGAUACCUGCCCGUUACCUCGUAAUAUAUUGGAAUUAAAACAUAUCACUACAAAAUACAUUCAGUUAUCAGAUCAACCAAAGGAAGACCUUCUGUCACAUUUUGAUGAGACGGACAGAUUUAUAAAGGAAGGAGUGUCGAAAGGUGCUGUAUUAGUACAUUGCUACUUUGGCGUUUCAAGAAGUGCCACUGUAGUGAUAGCCUAUGUUAUGAAAAAAUAUCAGUUGACAUACCAUGAAGCAUUUGAACGAGUUAAAGCUAGAAGAAGUAUAGUUUACCCCAAUCAGGGAUUUGUAACCCAACUGAAACUUUAUAGAGAAAUGGGAUAUACUAUUAAUCCUAGAAACAUGCACUUUAAGAUUUUCAAAUUAACAGUAGCAGCUGACAGAGUAAGAAAAGUGAAAAUCUUGCCUCAAAAUUUCCUGGAUCUCAUACAACCAGAUCCGGAUUUAGUCCAAAUUCAACCUGAACCAAAAGUUUAUCGCUGCAAAAAGUGUAGGCGGAUAUUGGCUUCAGAAUCAAACUUGAUCAUUCAUCAAGAUAAAGGUGUAAACUGUACGAAGACUUAUUUCAUUGAACCCAUGGCUUGGAUGCACGUUGCGUUAGUAACAAAUGGAAAAUUACAGUGCCCAAAGUGCUCGGCUAAAUUAGGCUCCUUCAGCUGGAUUAUGGGUUGCCAGUGCCCUUGUGGUGUCCAAGUUGCACCGGCUUUCUAUUUAACUCCUUCGAAAGUAGAUUUCACUAAUGUUGUUAAAAAUGUUGAAAUGACAUUUUAACUGUAAUAAAAUAUGUGUUAAAUAUAUGUACAGGGUCUGAUGCA